CCUCGCUUAUCCAAGCUUCUGGAUAAUCCAAGCGAUUUUUGUAGUCAAUGUUUUCAAUAUAUCAUGAUAUUUUGGUGCUAUAAUCAUAAAUACAGUAAUUACAACAUAACAUUUAGUGCGUAUUGAACUACUUUUUCUGUCAAAUUUGUUGUAUAACAUGAUGUUUUGGUGCUUAAUUUGUAAAAUCAUAACCUAAUUUGAUGUUUAAUAGGCUUUUCCUUAAUCCCUUCUUAUUAUCCAAGAUAUUCGCUUAUCCAAGCUUCUGCCGGACUGUUCAGCUUGGAUAAGUGAGACUCUACUGUAUAUUAUUAUAUUGUAUUACAGUAUUAAAUAUAUUACUACUCUUAUUAUUAUAUCAUAUUAUUAUUUUGUAGUAUUGAUUUUAUAUAAUUGUACCAUAUUAAAUAAUUGUAUUAUUAUAUUAUUAUGCCAUAUAAUAUUCAAAUAUAUUAUGAUUAUUAUUAUUCACACAACGACAUAGUAUGACACAGCAAACAAGAUAGACAUGCUGGAUUUCAUAUCACAAAAUCACAAGUCGAACACUUCCCAAGUGUCUAGGACUGUGUGAUGUAUUUUUGGAUGAUGCAUGCAGAUCCCAAUAGGGUGGCCUUUUGCAGUUGGCAGAUCGUAAUUUUGUCAAAGUCUAUUGUUUCCAAAUGCCGGCUGAGAUCUUGUGGCACGGCACCCAAGGAUGAGGCCUUCUGUCUCCUUCUUCAGGGUCCCAUUUGUGAGCCAGAGCCAGGUCUUCUCCUUGUCAGCUUUUCCUUCAAUUUUGUCAAGGAACUUUCCAUGCAAUGUUUUGUUGUGCCAGCUGUCAGCUCUAGUUUGUAGUGCAGUUUUCUUGUACUGGUUUUUUGUCUGCUGUGCUUUUAUAAUAAUAAUUAUUAUUAUAUUAACCUGGUGCCUGCUCCUUUCCUUUCCUGGGUAAGUAACUAACAGACGAUGGACAAAUUCCCGAUCAAGGCCAGAAAGAGCCAAAGGGAGACGGGUGGAGCGCGGGAGGGAAAGGAAACCCCCUGGAAGGAAAUCCGGUCCGAAGGUCUCCAUUGCGACUAUAGGAUCCUUUUUGGCAAAAAAGAAGCGGACGGGAUCCUUCUUGAACUCGAGCGGGACAUCGAGUAUUUGCAAGAGGACUUGGCCAAGCUGUAUGUCUUUGGGAAGUGGCACAAGGCCCCGCGCCAGCAGGCGGCCUAUGGGGAGCCAGGGCUGAGCUACACCUAUUCAGGGGCCACCUUCUCCCCAAAGCCCUGGGUCCCCAUCCUGCAGCACCUCCGGGAGCGUGUCCAGGAGGCCAUUGGGCACAGCUUCAAUUUCGUCCUCGUAAACAGGUACAAGGAUGGCCGGGAUCGCAUGGGGGAGCACCGGGACGAUGAGCGGGAGCUGGAGCCACGCAGCCCCAUCGCCUCACUCUCCUUCGGGGCCGAGCGGGACUUCGUCUUCCGGCACUGCAGCGGCGGCAAAGGCGGCCGCCCUGCCCCCGGCCACCCUGCCCCCGUCUGGUUGCGCCUGGGGCACGGGAGCCUCCUGGUGAUGCACUUCCCCACCAACCGGCACUGGCGCCAUGGCCUUCCUGCCCGAAGGGGGGUUGUGGGCCCCCGGGUCAACCUCACCUUUCGGGACAUCCGGGGCAGUGGCCAUCUUGGCCCGUGAAUAUAUUGCCCAGAGACUUGAGUCAUAGCAAAUUGUUUCCUAUAUUCAUAAUAAAGGAGAUAUAUUAUA